AUGCAGAGUGUCAAGGGGGAAGUCGAGGCUGCGGCUACAAAUGACAGAUUCUCUUGCAUAACGAUCGCCGUCGACGUCAGCGACCCUUUGUCCGUCAAGACCAUGGUCAAGGCUACUGUCGAGGUCUUUGGCCGUCUUGAUUAUGCUGUUAACAGUGCUGGAGUAGCUUUCAAGUCCCUCGGUGUUGUCACUGAUUCGGAAGAUUGGGACAGGGUCAUCGGCGCCAAUCUUACGGGCACCUUUGAUUCGAUGAAGGAAGAGGCUCGUCAGAUGCUUCGUCAACAGCCAAUUGAUACUAGCGCCCCCGCACAGUCGCAGCGUGGAGCCAUUGUCAACAUCUCUUCAAUUGCAGGUCUUAUCGGUAUAAGAUACUCCAGUGCUUAUGUCGCCUUCAAGCAUGGCGUGAGCGGUAUUACCAAGAACUUCGCCCUCGACUAUCCUGAAACCAAGGUCAAUGCCGUUGCGCCAGGCUACAUCGCCACUCCCAUAACCUCCGCGCCGGGGGAGAUGAGCAGAAACGCCCGUGAGAAGGUCGCCAACUGGGUCCCGAUGAAGCGUUUUGGACUGCCAGAGGAAGUUGCCGAGACUAUUGUCUGGCUGCUGAGCGGGCGAAGCAAUUUCGUUCAUGGAACUCUUAUCGCUAUCGAUAGCGGUUAUACAGCACAAUAA